CGAGCACAUCUCCGUUUAUUACAGUUGCAGCGGCUCAGAGCAAAGUUGCAGGAGGACGAACAACGGGGGACACUCACGGACACGUUCGGACGCAGGCACACGUAUCUCAGGAUUUCCCUCACGGAGCGUUGCAACCUUCGCUGUACAUAUUGCAUGCCCGCGGAGGGUGUCAAGUUGACCAAGAAAGAAGGUAUUCUAAGAACAGAAGAGAUCAUACAAAUAGCCGAUCUUUUCGUCAAAGAAGGCGUGCGCAAGAUACGUUUGACCGGUGGCGAGCCCACGGUUCGUAAGGACAUCGUUGAUAUCGUCGGCGAGCUGAAGCAACUGAAAGAUCUGGAGCAGGUUGCGAUCACAACCAACGGGUUGACUUUAACGCGUCAGUUGCCGGCUCUUCAGAAGGCGGGAUUGGACGCGCUCAACAUAUCGCUGGACACUCUGAAAGAGGAGCGCUUCGAGCUGUUCACACGCAGGAAGGGCUGGGCAAGAGUUAUGGCCUCCAUAGACAUCGCCGUUCAGCUUGGCUAUAAUCCCGUCAAGGUCAACUGCGUGAUAAUGCGAGGACGCAACGACGACGAGAUAAUCGACUUUAUCGACUUCACGAGGGACCGGCCUAUCGACGUACGUUUCAUCGAGUACAUGCCGUUUCAAGGAAACGAGUGGAAGGAAAAUAAGAUGGUGCCCUUCGACGAGAUGAAAGCGAUAAUCCGAGAGAAGUAUCCCGACUUCCGAGCUCUGCCGAAUCAGCCCAGCGACACGUCCAAGGCCUAUCGUGUGCCGGGAUUCGUGGGGCAGGUCGGAUUCAUCACGUCCAUGAGUCAACACUUCUGCGACUCGUGUAAUCGCCUGAGAAUAACGGCGGACGGCAAUUUGAAGGUGUGCCUGUUCGAAGGGAAGGGCGAGGUCUCGCUUCGAGACGCCUUGCGAAGUGGAGCUUCCGAGGAUGCGCUUAGGGAUUUGAUAAGAGGCGCGGUAUCCCGGAAGAAGAAGCAGCACGCAGCAAACCGUAAGGGGAAACUUAUUUGCGAAAUGAGUAACGCCACGUCGAUGCAGUACAAAUAUUUCCCAUAUAUUCCCAAGUACCUUAAAUCAAGUAUUAGAGCAUACUCAUCGUUGUCGCACGUAGACGAGACCGGUAAAGCGAGUAUGGUGGAUGUCGGGUGGAAAAGCGACAGUAAGCGCGUGGCAAUAGCGAGGGGAUGCGUGAGGAUAGGCCCCGUCGUCAGUAAUCUGAUCGCGGAAAAUAAUGUAAAGAAGGGCGAUGUGUUGUCGGUGGCUCAACUGGCCGGUAUUAUGGCAGCGAAGCGCACCUCUGACCUCAUACCCCUGUGUCAUCCGCUCUCGUUGUCCUACGUCAACGUGCGCUUAACACUGAACGAGGAAUCGCACGAGGUCGAGAUCACAUCGGAGGUCAGGUGUACCGGCAAGACCGGCGUCGAAAUGGAAGCUUUAACCGCGGUAAGCGUAGCGGCUCUGACGAUCUACGACAUGUGCAAGUACGCGGCCAGGCCCGGCGCGAUGCGGAUACACGGUAUAGAAUUGGUGUCGAAAACGGGCGGUACAAAGGGCGACUUUGCGAUAAGCGAAGCGUAGAUGAUAUCUUUGUCCUGUCGACUGCGCGGAUCGUGUCGACGGAAUAAAGAUUCAUCCUGCCAUGGUGAUAAUUAAAUGACACACACAGUACAAGAUUCCAAAAGGCUCAAAUAUGUUUAAAGGAAAGAAGUUUGAAAGAUUGUUGAUGCGUUUAGAUUAUCCAUUUUUAAGAUUUUACAUGGUAAGGGGGCAAUUAUAUUUUACACACAUAUAUAGCGUAUAAUACUUUUAUAUACGUGUGUGUGUAUCAUAUAUAUAUAUAUAUAUAUAUAAAAUAUCAGCGAUGAAAGCAAUACUAAGUGCUGCAUAGUUAUUAAUUUUUAAUUCGAAAUGUAUGUCCAGCCUCUAACUAUUUUUGUAUUUGUACAGAGGAAAGUCCUCUAUUGUGAGACAGCAGGUUUUCAACACCCAAAUUCAA